AACCAACCAAUCGUUGAUAAAGUAGGUAAAGGAAAGCGCGUUCCCGUCGACAGCAGUGUUGCUCUACUACAGUGUGGACAGCGCAUCUUGUGUUCAGUUUAUUUCUAUAAUACAGACCAACAGACACCUGCAAAAAUGUCCGAAGACAAGCCUAAGGAGGGAGUGAAAACAGAGAAUGACCACAUCAAUCUGAAAGUGGCGGGGCAGGAUGGCUCGGUGGUCCAGUUCAAAAUUAAAAGGCACACGCCACUCAGCAAAUUAAUGAAAGCGUACUGUGAGAGACAGGGUUUGUCGAUAAGACAGAUUAGAUUUAGAUUUGACGGGCAACCAAUUAAUGAGACAGACACACCGGCGCAGUUGGAGAUGGAGGACGAGGACACGAUUGACGUAUUUCAACAGCAAACUGGUGGCUUCUGCUAAAACUCCACACCACCUGGACCCCACGCUUAUCUAUUUUAUUCCUCAUGAUGUUACAUUCUGAUGCUUUCACAUCGUUUCCCCUUCUCUUUCUCUCUUUGUCUCUCUUCUGUCAUCUCUAGCUUUCCUAGAGUGGCCAUCGCAAGUGUGUUUCCAGUAAUAUUUAUAUGCGCAAUGGUUAGACGGCUACUGUGGUGGGGGAACAUACUAAAGCAGGCUGCCAGAGGGCGUAGUUAUUCAGAAUAUCCACACCAGCCACCAAGCAGGGUUUUAUGUUGCUCCGAACACUGAUUCACUCAACAAGCCCGGGAACCAUUCACCCUCUCCAUAGUAUACUUUUUUUUUUUUUUUUCCUUCUUUUUCAACUUUCAGUUCUUAAGCGCUUUAAGUAGGCCUGUUUCAACUCUGAUUCUAUUUGCCUGUAUGUGUUGUAGAAAUAUGUUCAACCAGUGUUGUAUUCAUCUGCCUUUUAAUGGGGCUGCUUCUUGUACGAGCUCACUGUAGGGACGGGAUCUGUAAACGAUCGAUUAAAAAUGAAGAGACUGAUUACAUGAUACAAUUUACAGUGAGCCUUUCUGGACCAAACCCCAAAGAUGGUACUCGAUUAGCAAAUAGUGGCAGGAUUACACCAACUAGUUCUGUGUUUAUACUUUUAAAUAUCUGUAGAAAUAUAUCCAUUUACCAAUCCUAUUUCCUCUUGAGUGUUGGUUGAGGAAACGGGAAUGAACUAAAAGACCAAUAUAUCCUUUUUCCUGUUCAUUACUUUGCCCUUUUUUUAAAUCCCAGAACAAUGACCAGGUCUUGAAGCAAGACAAAAGUGAAUCCUUUCAGGCUUUGUUGAGGCGAAGUAUCAGUCAUCGCUCACAAGGACUGGUCUGAUUUCUUCUAACAUCUCUUGCCCUCUCACUGUAAUUCAUAUGGCUGAAAGGGAGAGAGAAUUUGACUCAAAGAUUCUCAGAUGUUGGCUGUCUUCUGUACUGAUAUGUACAUUGUUUGUUGUCCUUUACUACUGUAAACAAUAAAUAUAGUUUGGUACUCAA